GAUAUUUAUUUGUUACACGUUUAAAUAAUACCUAAAUAAAUUAAACGCCGGUAUUGAACAAUGAAUACCAUACGUCCUUGCGGUUGCAAAGGUGUACGCACCUGCCUACAGUGCGAGAAGGAUUUUAACAUUCAAAAAUCAACACUUCUUGAACAACUCAGAGAACUUAAAGCUUUUUCAUUUUGCCCUAUAUGCGAACGGCUUUUCGAAGGUUGGAACCCAUGGGAAGUGCGUGACCAACAUCCAGAACACAACAAUCAAGAAGGAUUACCGUUUCCCGGAAUGUAUGUACAGGAGCAUUUUCUGCGUAUCAAUGAAAGUGAGGAGUUAAUGAAAAAUUUAGAUGUGUUGCCGUGGGCAAUAUCACAAAGUGGACGUCGCAAACAAAAUUUCGGACCAAAAACCAAUUUUCGUCAACGAAAGUUAAAAAAUGGUAACUUUAUUGGAUUUCCAGCAACUACACGUUUUGUACAACAGCGGCUACGUGAGGUGCCUGUAUUGAGUGACUUUCAGACAAUUGAGCAAUGCUCACUGGAGUAUGAACCAUCAAAGGGCGCAUCCAUCGAUCCACAUGUUGAUGAUUGUUGGAUAUGGGGAGAACGUGUUGUGACUGUGAAUUGCUUGGGAGAUGCUGUACUGACGCUAACCGCUUUUGAUGCCUCCAAAAAUCCUCAAAAAUAUAAUUUGGAUUUGGUAGCGCAUUAUGAAAAACAAUUACUUUUACCGUUGAUGGGAGCAGAGCAAUUGGAUUUCUAUAAGGAUAAAGUUAUACGUGUAGCUAUGCCAAAUCUCUCCCUGAUGGUAAUGUAUGGACCUGCACGCUACCAAUUCGAGCAUUCAGUACUGCGUGAGGAUGUGAAAAGCAGGCGUGUUUGUAUUGCUUAUCGUGAAUUUACGCCUAUGUAUAUUGAUGGUAAAGACAAAAUAAAAGGCGAUGAAGUAACACAGAAUGCACAUAAUUUCUGGACGGAAACAAACAAUGCAACAGUUGAAAUUAUUUAAAAAAUAAAAUCGUAAUUUAAUUUAUAGAUUCAUAAAUAAA